AGCAUGGGGGAAUGGAACCCCCCAGAGAGAUGGCCAAGGUGUCCAACACAGCUGAUGACCGUGGCUGGCGGGUCCAUACCUUGAACACAGACCCUAUGCUUCCGAAGAAUCGUCAGGCCAACGUGGAAACCAUGGACAACAAAGAGUUGGCGUUUUCUCCACCUCGUAACCCCCAGGAGCCUAAGACCGAUUUUCUGCCCAAGGAGGAGACCAAGGAGGGCACUGGGUACCGGCUGCUGAAUAUGCUGAGAAGAACUCUUAGAGGGUCUGAAAGUAAAGAACUGGAAAUAGCACCUCCAGUGCCAACUUUGGUACCAUUUGGGGAUGUGGUUGGCUGCCUCGCUAUUCAUGUAAAGAACUGCAGACAUUUCACACCUAAGAUUGGCUUACAAUAUUACAGUAAUUUGUUCAUUCGCAUCUCUAUAAACAACAUUGUAAAAUGUACAAAAAUGUGUAGCUUGCUACCCCAAAGCGAUGAGAAGAACGCUAUAAUUAAGUUUGAUGACAUAAAGUAUUUUUCCAUACAGAUUCCCAGGCGUCAAGAUGAUGAGCGGAAUAAUAUUUACUUGGAACUAAUGAAAUAUGACAAUACAGAAAAAUAUCCUCUCUUGUUAGGGAGUGUUAAGGUACAUCUUUAUGAAGUAAUUCAG